AUGCGUUUACUAUUCAGCAAGCGCCCAUCAGCGCGAUGCCGUGCGCAGCACUCAAAUAUCCUGGCACUUGCCGCCCUGGCACCCUCCUUAGCGGCGGCCAUACAGUUCACCCCAGUGUCCAAUGCAAACCUCGACCUUUCCCAGCUUGGCAGAAUCGGCGUGGCAGGUGAUUUCAAUGGUAUCUCUCUCUACCAGUUUGAGGAACAGAACGAGAAGCCUUACAGCACCAACGGAAGUGAAUCUUUGCUGGCUCAGCUACCUAAUGGCGCCUUUGCGUCGGUUAUCUCAACCGAUGCCUCAAUUCACGACAUGUGCACAUUUACACUCAACAAUGGAGCGACUCAGGGAGUGGUAAUUGGUGGCAACUUCACAAGCUUGGACGGCAUUCAGUCGCAGGGCAUCGCUUUGUUCAACCCCAACACAUCUGAAAUCACGCCUCUGGCUGGUCUGUCAGGUCAGGUUAAUGCCCUGCUCUGCGACCAAGAGGCCAAUACAGUUUAUGUUGGAGGCAACUUCCGUGGCGCAAACUCAACCAACGCGAUUGCCUGGUAUGGCACAGAGGGCUGGACUAAUCUUCCUUUUGCUGGUUUCAACGGCCCUGUUUCGUCCAUCACCAAGGCCUCCAACGGUCACAUUGUCUUCGGUGGCAGCUUCACUGGCCUCGGCAACACCAGCACCCCUAGCACCCCUGAUGGCCAGGUUAUCAAUGUGUCAAGUGCUAACAUUACCUCGGCCUCGAGCACGUCUACCUCCGGCUUCAGCGAUCCUCGCAACAUCAUCUGCAAGACGGAAGGAGUUGAUGGUUCGGGCAGCACCUGGCUGCUGCGGGAUAAUUCGGCGGGCUUCUGGCAGGCUACCUUCGGUUUCAGUUUCCAGCCCACGAAACUCAGACUUUGGAACACCCACCAGGAUGGCCGAGGAACCAAGACGUUCCGCUUCACCGCUUUCCCUCUCGGCGGUAUUCUCAACAUGACGUACCUGGACCCAUCGACCGGACAGAAUGCGUCGUGCACGAGUGAGUGCCCUCUCACCAGCAACACCAGCGUCAAGUUCCAGGACUUCCACUUCGUCAACCUCGUUGGCAUGAACUCGUUCAGAAUCGACAUCUCGGAGUUCUAUGGAUCCGGUGGCGGGCUGAAUGGUAUCCAGUUGUUCGAGGAUGACAUCAACUCAUAUGCCAUUAACGACUUCAACGCCCCAGCCUGCUCCGACAGCGAUACCAAGUCCUCUGCCACUGCAACUGGACCUUGGUCGACGUCACCCUCUCUGCAAAGCAGCUCCCAGUAUCUUACUGCGAAGCUCUCUGGCAGCAUUACCGCUAAUUCCGCCUCGGUCACGUUUCUCCCGGAUCUGAAGGAAUCCGGCAACUACUCUGUUAACCUGUACACCCCCGGUUGCCUACAGGACGCUACCUGCACUACCCGAGGGCAGGUGAACAUCACUGGCAUCAUGUCGCCUUCCGGCAAUGACAAGUUCACGACGUCGCUCUACCAGACAAACAACUUCGAUAAGUACGACCAGAUUUAUUUCGGAUACAUCGAGGCAAGCUCCGCAGAUGGCUUCCGACCGAGCGUUACUCUUGCGCCUUUGGCUGGCCAAAAUCUCGACGAAAUGACCAUCGUUGCUCAGCGUGUUGGGUUCACUCUCAUUAACUCUACUGGAGGGCUCAACGGCCUCUUCGACUUCGACCCUUCGGCUGCUACGUUGAACACUGACUUUAAAAGCUCCAAGAUCAACCAGCUUGGGUCCUCGUUCUCCUCCGGAUCUGCGGUUACCAGCCUGGUAACUGCUGGAGAUUUGGUCAUCGUCGGUGGCAACUUCACAUCGUCCUCUGCUCGCAACGUUAUCGGCAUCAACACCGCGAGUGAGGCUACCAUGGCACUCGAUGGCGGUCUCAAUGGCGAAGUCAAAUCGAUGGAGCUCAAUGGCACCCAACUCUAUGUCGGCGGCGUCUUCUCAAACACCCAAGACAAUGCGGUUGCUGGUCUCAGCAACGUUGGUGUCUACGACACGUCAGCCAACACCUGGACUGCACUUGGUUCCGGAGUCAAUGGCGAGGUCUCCCACGUGGUCUCGAUGCUCGUCAACGUUACCAAGGAAACUGAGCCCGAAUCUGUAGUCACAUUCACUGGUGAUUUCAGCGAGAUCAACGCGUUUGGCGACAAUUCUGCCAUUCCUGUCUCUGGUUUUGCCGUUUGGGUCCCUUCGCAGAAUAACUGGCUGCAGAACCUCCCCGGCCCCGUCCCUGCCUUCAGCGGCAUUUUGACGACCGGCAUCUCCGAUCUUCCCAGCGGAGGAUCUCUUUACGCAGGGUCCAUGACCUCUGCCACCAUCAGUGCCAAUGGCGCCGUCACACUAGCCGAGAAGUUUGGCCAGUUUCCCAUCAAAAUUAAGUCCUCGCCUGCGGGCUCUGGUACACUAGGUAAGCGCGACUCAGUCUCGAGCGGCAACGUCACGGGCGUGGUCACCGGUGCAUUUUACAACAACAACGAUCGCAACAUCACUAUCCUCGGUGGCCACUUUACGGCCGAAGGCACCAACGGCACCUCUGCCAACAACUUGGUGCUGAUCGAUGGUUCCAACUCGAACGCAAUUACUGGCCUUGGCUCCCAGAUCGAGGACAACUCGACCUUCAUUGCACUUGCCAUCACUGGCGACCUGCUCUUCGCCGGUGGCAAUGUGCGAGGCCGUGUCAAUGACAACGACGUGCGAGGCAUCAUCUCUCUCAACCUGCAAAACGCUUCCUUCAACAGCACCCAGCCGCCCGGCGUGAGCGGUGGUAACGCAACCAUCACCGCUAUUGAAGUCCGCCCCGAGUCCGGUGAAGUUUAUGUCGCCGGCUCGUUUGAUUCAGCCGGCGCGCUCGGCUGCCCAGGCGUAUGCUACUACGAUACGUCCCUCGCAGGCUGGAGUCGUCCUGGUGUCAACCUGGAGGGCACCGGCCACACUCUCAUCUGGACAAGUAAGAGCCAGCUCGUCGCCGGUGGUAACUUCACCCUCAACAGCACCUCUCCGGCAGUUCUUGCGAUGUACAACCCCGAGCGUCAAGCGUGGUCCGCAUACCCCGGAGAGGAUUCUUUGCCCGGGCCUGUCGAGGUCUUGACGGCUGGAUCGCGUGACCGCAGCCAAUUGUGGGUUUCUGGGACCGCAUCCAACGGCUCUGUCUACCUCAUGAAGUACGACGGCUCCGUCUGGCACUCGGCCGGGAUCACUCUGCUCCCCGGGACCGUGGUGAACAGUCUCCAGGUCUUCUCCCUGAAAUCGUCUCACGACGACACGGAUAUUCUGGACUCCAACCAGGUCUUGAUGAUGACGGGCUCACUCAACAUCCCCGGCUUUGGCACAGCGUCGGCUGCCAUCUUCGACGGCACCACCUUCCGGCCGUACGCCCUUACCAUCAACAGCGGCAAUAACGCCGGAUCAAUCUCCAAGAUCUUCACUGAGAAACAAGACUUCUUCUCCGAUAAUGAUCGUCACUUGGCCCUCGGAUUCGUCGUUCUCAUCGGUCUCGGUAUAUCUCUCGCCCUCAUCUUCCUCCUGGUCAUCGCCGGUAUGGCCCUCGAUCGUCUGCGUAAGAAGCGCGAAGGUUACUCGCCGGCCCCAACUUCAAUGUACGACCGCGGUGGUGGUAUGAAGAAAAUUCCACCCCAUGAGCUUUUCGAAUCACUUGGCAAGGGUCGACCUGGCGCGCCGACGGUAUAG